AUGAGGUCCUCAAACGCCAUCCUGACCACCUGCCGUGAGAAGCUUCACGAGAAGCGCAUCGCGACUAAGCGAGCUUUCGAGAGCAGGGAGAAUUUUAUCCGCGCUCUCGAAGUCAAUGAAACCGCUCAUGGCCAUACCGAGGAGCGCUCCUUCUGGAAGAACGAGGACUUGGAUCUCACCCCUCCGGAUCAAUGGACCUGGGGCUGGUAUGACUAUGCCGCGUUUUGGUGGAGCUACGGCUUCAGCGUCGGGGUUUGGAGCGUUGGUUCGUCGAUGGUUGCAAUGGGCUUGAAUGCGUGGCAAUCUAUCAUCUGCGUCUUUAUCUCGCACCUUCUCGGAGCCAUCGCGAUUGCGUGGCACUCCCGAAUCGGCGCCAAAUACCAUUUCGGCUUCCCGGUCGAAUGCCGCGUCGCCUGGGGCAUGUACGGCAGCUUCUUCCCCAUCAUCAUCCGUCUGCUAGUCGGCCAGAUCUGGACGUCUGUGCUCAUGAUGCAAGGGGGGUACUUCUUGUCCAUCCUCUUUCGAUGCAUCUUUGGACACAAGUGGCAUGACUUGCCGAACACGAUUCCAGAAAGCGUGGGUGUCACAGUGCAGCAGCUGGUGGGCUUCAUUCUCUACACUAUUAUCACGGCACCGUUGCUUGCGUUGCGGCCGCGCCAUAUGCGGAAGCUCUACACGAUCAAGUCGUUCGUCCUCCCACCCGUCGCUAUCGGCCUCUUCGCCUUCUGUAUCGUCCAGGGGCGCUCUGCACCCGGCUCCGCAGGUACCUUUCUCUCCGCCAAAGCGGCACCCACCGGCUCUGCGCUCGCUUGGGCCAUGCUCUCGGCCAUCAACUCCUGCAUGGGCAAGACGAGUUCCAUCGCAGUCAACCAGACGGACCUCGCUCGCUACGCCCGCACGCCCAACGCCCCUUUCCUGUCCCAACUCAUCUCCCUCCCGAUCGGAAACACGCUCUGCGCCACCCUCGGUAUCUUCGCCACAUCCUCGACUCAACGCGCCUGGGGCAUCACGCUCUGGAACCCCUGGGAUCUCUGCGACGAGAUCCUCGACCGGCACUGGAACGCCGGCGCGCGAGCAGCCAUCGCCUUCGCCAGCAUGGGCUGGAUGCUGUCCAUCUUCGCAUCGUGCAUGGGCGUCGAUGUGUUCCCCUUCGGCGUCGACGUCACGGCUUUCUUCCCGCGCUGGCUGAAUAUCCGCCGCGGCAUGUAUCUCUGCUACCUCAUCGGCCUCGUUAUCUUCCCCUGGAAGAUCCUGCAGAGCUCGACGACCUUCCUGCGUUUCCUUGGCGGGUAUAGCAUCUUCCUCGCGCCGCUGGUGGGGAUUUUCAUCACGGACUACUUCGUCGUGAGGAGGGGGAAUCUGUGGGCUGCGGAGCUGUACCGGGCGCAGAAGGGCGCGGCGUAUUGGUACACUGGGGGGGUGAAUUGGAGGAACGCGGUAGCGUUUACGGUUACCUGCGUUUUCUUGAUUCCUGGGUUCGCGGCACAGUUUGGACAUGAGGUCGGCGUGGGGUGGGAGCGCUUGUAUAGUCUGGGCUGGGUGGUGGGCUGUGCGAUGAGUAGCGUGGUUUACUUUGGGCUUUGUAUGAUAGGGGACUUUUGUAGGAGGGAGAGGAAGAUGGGGUUUGAGGAGGCGUAUGAUGUGCAGGGGUUGUUUGUGGGGGAGGCGGUUGUGGAGGGUGUGAGUGUGGAGAAUGAGGAGAAGGGUGCGUCUGCGCUGGUUGCGCAGGAGGGGCAGAAGAAUGGGCUGGGCGAGACGAAGGUCACGGAGCUGGAGAGAUGA